GGGGUCAGUAUUAGCAAGUUGGACUUUUUUACUUCAAAAGCGGAGAGAGGUCACGCGAGCGGAGUAAAUUAAAACUACCGUGAAUGAAAAAUCCGUGUUUUAAACCCACACAACUAUCGCGAAUAUGACUGGUACAGAGUUCGUUUUUAGAGCUGUUCUGUUCGUUGCCCUUUGUCAAAGUGGCUUUGGCAGGAAGUAUUCAUUCCAGGCAUCCUCUGCACGCGGUGCGCAUCUGGAGCACUCGCGCUCGAACGCAUCCCAAAAGAAAACGGUGUUUUUGAAAAACGGCGACAGCAUUUCCUUUUACUUUUGUCUGAGAAAAAAAACGUCUGUGACGAUAACUGAUUUUCGCUACUCGAACGGAAACGAUGCAGACAUCUGCUCCGUGUUCCUGAACGACAUCGAAGUGGGAAUCGUCAUCACGAAUGCGCCAUCUACGAAGGGCGAUAACUGGAAUAUAUUUUCGUCAAGCAGUAAACUCGGAUCGACCAUUUUGGAAAAAGGGUGGCAUAUUUUUAAAAUAAUCGUUCACGAAUCCGACGGUGUUGAACUUGAUUCAGUAACUCUUGAUAUAGCAGACGACAAGUUAACACAAGACAUGUUCAAUUGUAAACUCCAGUGCUCGAGUAAUCUACCUUACCGGAAGUCCCAACCAAGCGCCAGUGUCUUCAGGGAAGCAGUGAUAUCUCAAAGAAGUUAUCCAACCCAGUGCGCCGAAGAAGAUAACGUUAAGGUACCACUAUAUCUUGAUGAUAUAGAAGAAUACAAACUGUCGGCAACAUUACCAAUGUACAAGUCGUUUGCCAACAGACGAGACCAGAAUACUACUGGAUGUCCUUUCCUAUCCCCGCAUUAUUGGAAUUUUAUCAACCUCAACAUCACCAAUAAAAAUGUUACUUUAAAAUUCGAAUUCUGCUACAUUGAACAUCUUCAGACAACCUAGACUCUUGGAUCGGUUCAUAGUAUUCGCAUUUUGUUUACUCUGCAAGGAAGAUCAAACGGGCACAUCGAUGCAGAAAUUGGCUCGGUCUUGAGGUUAAAAAUCAAGGCGGUGUAUACUACAGUAAUAUUGUUGGGUACCUACAGAGGACGAAGCAAAAGACUUUCCUACCUCAAUGGAACUGCAUUAAUGCCAGGAAAACGCGAAUGUACAUGGACGAUUCCCGAUUUUACAUGGUCGGACAACACUGAAAACGUAAUAACUAUUUCAGUGCAUACCGUGUCGGCCACUCCGCUGCUUAUUGAAGAAAUCAGGUUGGAGAGACGUCCUUUGAAACCUGAUAAGAUAUUCCCCGUCUACCACAGUGACGAUCUCAUAAUAGAAGCAGUUAAGGUGGAUUUCUGGUGGAGGGCCCCGGAGUCCAUGACCCUGUGGCUGCAGAACAGUAACAAGGUUUUCUAUAACGUGCAUUUCUUUAGAGUAUCGCUUCCCGUUCCGUGGGCAGACGGUUUCGCGCAGGUGUUUGUUCUUUACCAGGACGGAAACGUGCGCCUUCUGCCACUACCUCCUUCCGGUUUAGACUGGAUUCCUUUCGGAUCGUCUGUCGUGGUUGGAACCUCCAACCCUAACCUCCUGAGGCCUUCUGCUGGUAUUCACCAAGUAGAUAUUAGCACAGUUUCUCGUGAAAUGACACUGCAUUACAUAAAUGGGGAAACCGCAAAACUAACACUGGUCUCCAAACUGGACAAAACUGAACUCAUAGUCUCAGAUCUCCAGUUUCACGAAUCCAGCAGACGAUUUCCGUUUGCUACCUUCCGUUCUAUGUACGUGGAAGACGGCAACUCCGACUGUGACAGCGUCUCAGUGGACGGGUCUGACGUCAUCAACAUCAUGGAGAAGUGGAAGUACACACAAGGAAAGUCGUUCAUGUUUUUCAGAAGGUGCGAGUCCAAACACCUGACUCUUAGUCCGGAUAUCCGGUUAGAACUAACGCGCACGCGCAAGCCACUGCCAUUCCUUUUCAACGACCUGUGGCAGAAUGUGAUAUACAAAAACGAACUGCCAAGAUAUGUAUAAUAACAAUUCAAAGCAUAUUGUAUAUAAACAUUGUAUAUAGACUCGGUUAAUACCACAUAGCUGUUAAAGCGGAAUAUUGUUGUAUUCAAAAUAGAUAUAAAACAGCAAAAAUAUUAAAUACUUUAAUUUAAAAGCUGUUCACACUUAGAGAUACUGUCCUGAGUUUGUUGCUAUAGUAACAAGUUUCCGACUGACAGAGCAUUUUUGAUGACUAAAAUUACGUAUAAAGUACAUUUUCCUCUUUAAAAUAUCAGUUUGUAUAUACAAGGCGUUUCUGGUUACCUACAUGAUUUUAGAAGCCCAGGCUAGCUGUUGCCUUCCAAUAAUGUUGUAUGUGCGAACAUGUAUACAUACAAGUAUAUUUAGAAGUGAAAUAAACUUUUAUAAUGUCAGCAAACUCUGGACAAAUCCUUUAAGUAUUUUUCUCUAGCAUAUUUCCCUCCCCCAAUGUAAUUGAAGCACCCCUUCUUUGGGAAUUGCCUCUCACCUACGCGAAAGACACUGGUAUGCAUGUACAUGGUUUUGAAAUAACUCCGUGAAUCUGCCCGAGGGGAUGUAUUAAUCACUUUUGAUAGUCUGUACUAUCUCAAAAUACAGAAUUACCUUUCAUAAUCGUGAAUCAACAAAAUUUAUUUUAUUUUAUUGUAUACUACAGGCUCUAAUCUAGAACUGAAAAAAACACAUGAGAAGUAACUUACGAACGUUUCAAAUUGUGACUGAAUUUGCACCAAACAAAUUUCAAUUCUAAAAUAUAAUCUUUAUUUAAUUUAUUAAUUAUUAUAGUAACAUUUGUUGGAUUUUAAACGCAGCAUUUCUUUCACUGCAAACCUGUAGGCUGUUUAAUCAGUCUAUUUACUUUAUAACCGAUUAUCAAACAGAAUUAAACGAUCUUUCCUAAUAUAACUCGACAUAACAUAACAUGUUCUGUAAUUAUUGUUUGCAUAUGUUUGACAGGAAAGUUUAAAUAGGGUGUGUUGGCCCUACACCAGGCUCCCCCUACCCAUCAUACGACCAGCCCUCAUUAGCCGAGAAUAUAUAUACGGCGGCCGCGUUUAUAGCCAUUUGUGAGUAACAAAUAUGGCGGCCUCCAUUAUGAUUGUAUUUGUGGAAUUCAUCUUUGUACGCAAUAUUUAAUAAUGUGUGUAUGGUAGUCGACUGGACCUGAGUGUAAAAGGAUUCUUACGAAAUGGGGCAUCGGUCAAGUACAAAGAAGCCGUCGGCAGUACAACUCCAAAAAGAAGAAACGGUCAGAACGAUGAGAAACUAUUUAAACGGCCUUGCGCAUUACAUUAUAGUUGCUAAUCGUGUUCAGCUGUUGUACAUACCCCCUGAAUUUGUGCAGGGUCCCCCGUGUACGGAAUAUGUGAAUGUUUCUCUCUA